AUGACCUCAAAACAAGGCCGCCGGAGGCGGUCCAGCAGUCUUAUCUACCAGGAACCGGCCGAAUCUAUUGAGCACACUAGUGAUCAAGCCGCAUUGCCAAACCUGAAUGCGAACUGGGUGAAUUCCAAGGGUGCUUGGACCAUUCAUUUCGUGUGUAUCGCCGCUCUCAAGAUCUUCUACGACAUCAUCCCCGGCGUCUCGCAGGAAACUUCAUGGACCCUCACCAAUAUCAGCUACAUGUUCGGAUCUUUCCUCAUGUUCCACUGGGUGCGGGGCAUCCCAUUUGAAUUCAACGCCGGUGCCUAUGACAAUCUCAACAUGUGGGAGCAGAUCGACAACGGCGAUCAGUAUACGCCCGCUAAGAAGUUCUUGCUCUGCGUGCCUAUCGUGCUCUUCCUCCUCAGCACUCAUUACACCCAUUUCGAUUUGACCCACUUCACUAUCAACUUCCUGGCCACAUUGGGGGUGGUCAUUCCUAAGCUGCCUUUCUCGCAUCGGCUGCGAAUAGGUCUCUUCUCCGAUAUACCCGAGGAGUCAUAG